AUGUUAGAUACAGAUUUGAAACUUGAUAUACGAAAAUUAGAAAGUCUUGGUUUAUCAUCAAAAGAAGAACGUAUUACAUGGAUAUUUUCCGCAACAUUUUCUAAUCAAUUACAACAAUUAACAAAAUAUAUCCUUCAAUCUGAACGUUGUUUGAUAUUUGUUGAAACACAGCGAUCAGCUGAUUCUAUCGGUGCAUUACUUUCACAAAAAAGUUUCAUGAGUAUAAUAAUCCAUGAAAAUCCAACACAUCAACAACGAAAUAAAACUGUAGAACAAUUUACAAAUGGAAAAUGUCUAAUAUUUGUUGCAACAUUCGUUGCUGCUCGUGGUUUAGAUUUUCCUUUUAUUGAUUUUGUUGUUAAUUAUGAUUUACCAGAUACAAGUGAUUUUUAUAUUCGUCUUAUUGGUCGAACAAGUCAUGCUGUUUUUUGGGGGAAAUCCAUAUCAUUUUUUGAUCCAGAUCGAGAAUCUGAUAGAAAAAAUGCUCUUGAACUUAUACUAAAAUUAUGCCAAGCAUAUUUUGUUUUCUAA